GCGCGGCCCCGCCGGCGGCGCGCCCCCAUUGGGCGGCGCGGCUGCCAGUCGGCGGUCGGCCGCUGCCCGGGCCGCCGUGCCGGUGGAUGUCAAAGGCUGAAGCGGCGGCGCCGCCACAGUAUAACUCGUGGGGGCUGCGCGGCGGCCAUGGCCACAGCCGCCUCCAACCCCUACAGCCUGCUCGGCUCCACCUCGCUCGCCCAUGCGGACGGCGCGGGCAUGCAGCAGGGGAGCCCCUUCCGCAACCCGCAGAAGCUGCUGCAGAGCGAGUACCUGCAGGGCGUCCCCGGCAAUGGGCACCCGCUGGGGCACCACUGGGUCACCAGCCUGAGCGACGGCGGGCCCUGGCCCUCGGCGCUGGCCGGUGGCCCGCUGGAGCAGCCCGACGUCAAGCCGGGCCGCGAGGACCUGCAGCUGGGCGCCAUCAUCCACCACCGCUCGCCCCACGUCUCCCACCACUCGCCCCACGCCAACCACCCCAGCGCCUGGGGGGCCAGCCCGGCCCACAGCGCCUCGCUGGGCCCCCCCUCCGCCGCCGCAGCCGCCGGGCAGCCCCUCAACGUCUACUCGCAGGCCGGUUUCGCGGUGGGCGGCAUGCUGGAGCACGGCGGGCUGACCCCGCCGCCCGCCGCCGCCGCCGCCGCCGCGCAGGGCUUGCACCCGGGGCUGCGGGGCGAGGGCGGCGGGGAGCACGGCGAGCUGGGCGGGCACCACUGCCAGGACCACUCGGAUGAGGAGACGCCGACCUCGGACGAGCUGGAGCAGUUCGCCAAGCAGUUCAAGCAGCGGCGCAUCAAGCUGGGCUUCACCCAGGCCGACGUGGGCUUGGCCCUGGGGACCCUCUACGGCAACGUCUUCUCGCAGACCACCAUCUGCCGCUUCGAGGCCCUGCAGCUCAGCUUCAAGAACAUGUGCAAGCUGAAGCCGCUGCUGAACAAGUGGCUGGAGGAGGCCGACUCCUCCACCGGCAGCCCCACCAGCAUCGACAAGAUCGCGGCGCAGGGGAGGAAGAGGAAGAAGCGGACCUCCAUCGAGGUGAGUGUCAAGGGCGUGCUGGAAACGCACUUUCUCAAGUGUCCCAAGCCGGCCGCCCAGGAGAUCUCCUCGCUGGCAGACAGCCUGCAGCUGGAGAAGGAGGUGGUGCGGGUCUGGUUCUGCAACCGGCGGCAGAAGGAGAAGCGCAUGACCCCGCCGGGCGAGCAGCCGCAGCACGAGGUCUACUCCCACGGCGUGAAAACGGACACGGCCUGCCACGACCUCUGACCGGGGCUUGGUCGCGCAGGCAGGACUGCGGGCAGCGCGGAUUUUCCGCCGGGGCUUUAACUUAUGGUUUCCGAGAGGCGGGAGACGUGGAGCCGGGGCUCCCCGCUCGCCGCCGCCGCCUGGGCAAUAUUUUUUCUCUCUCCGACCUUUCCGCUGAUCAGUACGCGGUGUUUACUCGCAGACAAGGUUUGUUUUCGGUCUCCGCUAGGACGAAGGAAAAAAAAAAAAAAAAGGAAAAAAAAAAAAAAAAAGAAAACCCACGGGAAAAAGAAAAAAAAAAAAAAAAAGAAAAAAACGACAGAAAAGGAAAGACAGAUGUGUGCCUAUGAAUAACCUUCCAGCGCCUUGGUUAUAUCAGCUGUAUUUCAGGUGAAUCUGUUUUACAAUAGACUAGUUUUGCAUUUUUAAAGACUUAUAUAGCGUUUUUAAAUGUCUGAGGUGUUUUACUACAAACUGUACACAAUAUUUGUGACCUAAUUUGUAUCGAAUUGAUCAGUCAAAACGGUUCUCCCUUCCCCACGCACCGGCAAUGUCACCCAGCAGGGACGGGGCAGGGCGGCCGCGGCCCUUACCCGGCCCUAGCCCCCCCCCCCCCCCCCGAGGAGACGGGGUUCCCCUCCGCGCCCGCGGAGCCCCGCGCACCCGGCUGCCGCACGCACGGUUGUGAACAAUGGGCUUAUUUGUUGCAGCUUUUCUCUUCCUUUUCAAGAACUUCCCAACACCGUAAAACGGUCGGGUUACAAUCCUGACCUCACCCCUCUUCUCCCAAGGAAGAAAAAAAAAAAAGAAAAAAAAUUCUAAGAGAUUUGUCCGAAAUUAAGCUUCACAAACAAAACCGUGGCAUUGGCCAGUCUUUUUCUUUCCGAAGAUGAGUUGGGCUUUUUGAUCAGCGCCAGACUGAGAGGUCUGUAGUAAAACACCUUUAUACUUCUGCGCUUCGGCUUCGGAAAUCAGUUUCUCUGUAUUUUGUUUCGAUAGUGAAGAGGAAUGAGGGGUCUCAUGAAUUUGGGGGGGGGGGGGGGGGGGCGGGAAGGGGACAGAAAACGCCCGCAUUUGGUUCACGCUGAGCUUAUUUCUGCGUCACAGGGAGAUGCUGGAUUUGUUGAAAAGCUUUUAUAUAAAAAAGAAAACCAAAACGAACAGGGAGAAAAACAAAACGAACAAAGAAAAAGUCACUAAAAUGCUAAAACCAUAACCAUUUUUUCGGCACAGGGAAGUGCUGAGCUGUAACCGCCCCCUCUCCUCCGCCCGUCCGUGGAUGUGUUGUACACAAGGACGGCGUGUGCAACGCCCACGCAGCCGCUCACGAAGGGACAUCGCUGCGUGUGCGUGUGCGUGUACACGGCCAAGUUCACUCGCUGCCCCCGCGGCCGGGCGGGCUCGGGGCCGCCGGGCAGGGCCGGGCCGGGCUCCCCCCGGGCUCCCCCCGCGCUCCGGGGCCCCCCCCAGGGCCGGGCCGGCCCUGCUCCGCGGCUGCGGCCCCGCUCCGUGGCUCCCCGCACAGCCCCUCUCCCUCCCCGGCAUUCAGAUUUUUUCCUUUCGACAUUUAUAUUUUUCAAGUAUUUUUCAGUAAGCGCUAAAAAAAAUUAAAAAAUAAAAAAAAAAUAAUAAAUAAAAAAAAAUAAACAAAACUCGACACUGAGGACCUGCCUAUUUCUGCCAACUUUAUAACUGUACAGUUUUGUAUAUUAAACGUUUUUUGGAAGUUAUUAAUUUAAAGAAAGAUCAUUUAGUUUAUUCAUUUAGUAACUGAUGUAUAAUAAACGCUAUUUUCAUUAAAGGUUGCUUUUUUCAACUAUUUUAUCCAAAAUUGCCUAUUGCAGUUGCCAACAAUUAUUUAUUUUCAAUAAAUUCCGCAUUAUGUUUAAAAAAAAAAAAGGAAAAAAAAAACGUU